AUGGGUUUCCCUAAACUUCCCAAAAUCUUCCGAAAGAAGUCGAAGAAGAGGAAGUUGUUGGAGGAGAAGGAAGAGGAAAACCGAGUCCUUGAGGAGCGGCGAAAAGAUUCGGAGGAUGAAUUAGCAAAGGUGAAAGAUGAAUCUGAGAAGAGGGAAUCUUUAUUGGCCGAGGUGGCAAAGCAGAAGGAUUCUUUGGCGGUUUUGUUGACAAAUGAGAAAGCAGAGAAGGAAGCGAAGGUUCGCGUUCUUGAGGCAAGUUUAAAGGAGUUGACAGAAAAGUUAGCAGAGGUGAAAGAUGACUCCGAGAAGAAAGCAAUUUUGUUGCGCGAGAUUGCAAAGCAAAAGGAGGUUUUGGUUGAGGAAAAGGGGGAGUUGGAACAGGUAGUAAACCGUAAGACGACCCAGCUGAACGAGUUGAAGGCACGGGUAGAGGAAUUGAGGGCCGAGUGUAUCAAGCAGCAAGAGUUCGUCACCGAGUCAAAGAAAGAUUAUGACAGGGUUUUGGUAAAGAAAAAUGUUGUAGAAGAGUUCGUCGCUGAUUUGAAGAAGAAUUAUGACAGGGCUGUGCAACAGAAAAGGAAUUUAGAAGAGGAUGUGGAAAACCGUGACAAGGACAUCGAAAAGAUAAGGCAGGAGUUCGAGAAUGAUUUGGAGAAGGAGAGGAAGAAAACGCUCACUGCCUUGAAUGACCUUGCUCACUCCAAGGCACUGGAAGACUUGUUGAAACAAAACUUGGCGACUCAGAAGGAACUGAGGAAGAAACAGACAAUUGAGAUGAACAAUAUGGCCGAAGGAAUUGAGAGAAGUCAACAAGCACUAAAGAUGGAAAAGAUAAUGGCAGAAAUGGAGAGACAGAAUAUUGAGGUGCAGACGUUCAAGAAUGUGCGAGACGGAGUCCCGAUUGAUGGCGGACCAGGCAUAAAGGCAGAGCAUCUCUCGAAGGAUCUGCAGAAGAGGUUUUCACACAUGCAGGUUGAGAAUAGUCUUAUGAAAGACGAGCUGGAAAAAUUACGAUCACUGAAGAAAACGUACUCGGUGGUGGACAGCUUCUCACCGUUUGAGAGCUCUGACUUGUCAAAGGAAGGUCAAAGUCUGACCUUGAUCGUCGACCCUGAGAUUGAUAAGGUCAACAGCUUGCUUGCGGAACUCAGUUCGGCGCAUGAAAUGAGGGAUCAGUUGGAGCAGGUGAUUGACGGAAUGAGAGAAGAAAGGAAACGGGAUAAAAUCAAAAUUGACGAAUUAAAUGAUCGCCUCAAGCAGCUGAGUGAGGAGGUGAAGGAGAACCUGUGCGCAAGUGUGGAUAAUAAUGAUGGAAGUGAUGCUGUGACCCUGGGUGAUGAUAAAAUAGAUGACAAGGUCCAAUCAACAAAGGAUGAACGAGGUUCGCUGCAGGAACUGAUUGACAAGAUGGCGCAGGAGAAAGAGGAAAAGAGCCGGGACGAAAUCAAAGAGAAGGACUUGGAGAAGAGUAGGAAUGAGUUACAGCGGAACGUUUCUGAACUGCAAGCAGAGAACAGCAUGCUGAAAUCAGAACUGAACAAGUUAUUUGGUGCGGAUAGCGGCACGGCUUGGCCACAGGACACUAGUAAGAAGGAGAAGUUGUUGGAAGAAACAAAAGAAAAGUAUGAGAAGGAAAUUGAAACAUUGACCGCCGAUAUUGAGAGUCUUCGCACAGCACAAAAGGAACAGGCGAAGGGAAACGCGUCUGACCAGCCUAAGACAAGUGACCUGCAGCGCAAAGUCUCGGAGUUGCAGGCUGAGAACAGCUUGCUGAAUGGUGAGCUGAACAAGUUAUUUGGUGCUAAUAGCGGCAUGGUUUGCCCUAAUGCCACAGGUCAGUCAAGUGAGAAGGAUAAAUCGCUGGAAGAAACGAAGAAAAAACACAGGAAGGAAAUUGAAACAUUGAAUGAAGAGAUUGAGAAACUUCGCACAGCACAAAAGGAACCGGCCAAAGAAAGUGCACCCGACCAGCCUAAGACAAGUGACCUGCAGCUCAGAGUCUCGGAGUUGCAGGCUGAGAACAGCUUGCUGAAUGGUGAGCUGAACAAGUUAUUUCGAGCAGAUAGUGGCACUGUUUCCCCUCAAAACACGAGCAAAAAAGAUAAAUUGUCGGAGGAAUCAAAGGAAAAGUAUGAGAAGGAAAUUGAAACAUUGAAUGCAGAGAUUGAGAAACUUCGCACAGCACAAAAGGAACCGGCCAAAGAAAGUGCGUCCGACCAGCCUAAGACAAGUGACCUGCAGCGCAAAGUCUCGGAGUUGCAGGCCGAGAACAGCUUACUGAAUGCUGAGCUGAACAAGUUAUUUGGUGCUAAUAGCGGCAUGGUUUGCCCUAAUGCCACAGGUCAGUCAAGUGAGAAGGAUAAAUCGCUGGAAGAAACGAAGGAAAAACACAGGAAGGAAGUUGAAACAUUGAAUGCAGAGAUUGAGAAACUUCGCACAGCACAAAAGGAACCGGCCAAAGAAAGUGCGCCUGACCAGCCUAAGACAAGUGACCUGCAGCGCAAAGUCUCGGAGUUGCAGGCUGAGAACAGCUUGCUGAAUGGUGAGCUGAACAAGUUAUUUCGAGCAGAUAGUGGCACUGUUUCCCCUCAAAACACGAGCAAAAAAGAUAAAUUGAUGGAGGAAUCAAAGGAAAAAUAUGAGAAGGAAAUUGAAACAUUGAAUGCAGAGAUUGAGAAACUUCGCACAGCACAAAAGGAACCGGCCAAAGAAAGUGCGCCUGACCAGCCUAAGACAAGUGACUUGCAGCGCAAAGUCUUGGAGUUGCAGGCCGAGAACAGCUUACUGAAUGCUGAGCUGAACAAGUUAUUUGGUGCUAAUAGCGGCAUGGUUUGCCCUAAUGCCACAGGUCAGUCAAGUGAGAAGGAUAAAUCGCUGGAAGAAACGAAGGAAAAACAAAGGAAGGAAAUUGAAACAUUGAUCGCCGAAAAGGAACCGGCCAAAUCUAAUGAGCCAGACCAGCCCCCUGCAAGUGAUUCUCAACAUUGCACAUGCGAUCGUCCUGACACAAAUGAAAAACGCAAACUUCAACAAGAAAAGAAGAAAGCUUCAGUCGCUGACAGUUCUGCAGUCCCUCGAAACAAGGAGCAGAUCGAGCGGUUGACCUCGAAGUUGAACAUCAAGGUCCAGGAUGUGAAAGGAGAACUCAGUGCCUUACAAGAACUUAAGGAUAGAUUGGACGAAGACGUUAACGAAUUGAGGAAAGUGAAGAAACGGGACGACAAGAAAAUAGAGGAACUUACGAAGAAGAUCAACAUUAUGAAGGAGAAAAGAGACGAAGCAGAGAAGUUAAAGAAAGAUGCUGAAGCUCAAAUCGACACACUAAAGUCCGACUUGCAAAAACACGUACUUGAGAUAAAUGAGCUUAGUGAGAGGUUAGAUGAUGCAGAGCAGGACUUCGAGAAAACCCGUGUCAACUUGGCAUCCACGGACCAGGUCAGGCAGCAGCUACUCCGCGCUCAUACCAGCGAAUGCCAUGCCAGAGCCAAUCUACAGGAGGAAGCAGAAAGGCUGAAGGCGGAGAAGGCAACUCUGCAGAAGACACUUGAUAAAGAGAGGCAGUUUGCAGCAGAGCAAGUGAUACUCAUUGAGAAGGAGUACCAGGAUCUACAGGAUCAAAUGACGAAGUGUGAAGCAGACAGGACCAUGUUGAGAGAGAAGGUUGAGAGUCUUCUUGACCAGUUAGGGGAAUGUGACGAAGAAAAUAAGGAGUUACACAAGCUUGUUGGUGAGAAUAAACGACUCAAGGACCAAGUCUACGGCUAUGAGGACGAGCUUUGGGAGAUGCAGGAGGAUAACGUAUCUUUCAAGAAGGCGAAGGAGAGCUUGUUGGCGUGCAACAAAGAAUUAGCAGCCAAGGUAGCGCGGGCCGCCAAGAGGAACGAACAUCUGACUACAAGGGUAGAGACCCUUGAGGGGCAACUGGAAGUGUUUCGGCAACUUGGAGGUGAAGAACUAGAAAGCAAAGGAGAACCUGUCAGUUCAGGUCAGGAAAAUGACGACUUGGACAACAAUGCAGUGGCUGUGGAGCAGACGGAUCAGAAGGAUGAUGAGAAAGGCGAAGACCACGUAUCUGAGAAAUGUGAAGUGGAGACUGUGCGGAGGGCUCCCAAGAUGCAGAAAAGACAUGAUCGUGCUUUGAUUGAGAAAGUGAUGGUAGAAAAGGUAGAGCGCUUUAAGGAAACUGUGAGGUCAAUCCCGGAGGAAGAAAAAUUAGAUAGACGCCACGAGGAACAUGAAGACCACCAAGACCAACAUGAAAAUGAGCUACGACUUAAAGUACCCGAGAAACGUAAAGAGAACGUGGUGCGAGGGUGUCUGAUGACGCCGCAGAGGUUCCGUGUCUAUUUUGCCCGGAUGGAAUCUCCGUCACCUGCUAAGAUGGAAUAUCCGUCACCUGCCAAGAUGGAAUCUCCGUCACCUGCCAAGAUGGAAUCUCCGUCACCUGCCCGGAUGGAAUCUCCGUCACCUGCCCGGAUGGAAUCUCCGUCACCUGCCCGGAUGGAAUCUCCGUCACCUGCCCGGAUGGAAUCUCCGUCACCUGCCAAGAUGGAAUCUCCGUUACCUGCCAAGAUGGAAUCUCCGUCACCUGCAAAGAUGGAAUCUCCGUCACCUGCCAAGAUGGAAUCUCCGUCACCUGCCAAGAUGGAUACACCGUGA